UUGAAGUUUUUUUAAACGUACAAACUGGGAAUAAUUCCUCGGGAAAACAAGGAUUUUAUGGAUAAUGGUCUAUGAAGAACCCAUAAGGGCGUCUAUAUGGCAUGCCCUACACCAUUAUGCCUACAAAGAUGCCAUAUUUUUAGCAGAAAGAUUAUAUUCAGAAGUGAACACAGGUGACACACUACAUCUGUUGGCUACAUGCUAUUACCAAAGUGGUUUGGUCCAGAAUGCCUAUUCAUUAUUACAAUCUAAAGGAUGUCUUACACCAUUAUGUAGGAUUCUGUUUGCAAAAUGUUGCUAUGAAUUGGACAAGCUUGCUGAAGGAGAAAUGGCUCUAGCAGGAGGAUGUUUAACCAAUGGAAAACCCAUUGAAACUAUUGCUAGUGAGUUUGGAAACUCUGCAGGAUAUGCUUUGGCUAUGCUUGGGCAGAUAUGUAGGAAAUCUGAUCAGGCCAAAAGGGCAAUUGAGUGUUUUAAAAGCAGUUUGAAGUAUAAUCCUUGUUUAUGGAGUUCAUUUGAAGCACUGUGCAAUYUAGGAGAAAAGCCAGAUCCAGCAGAAUACUUCAAAGUAUCAGCAUGUCCCAAGAUAUUUACUGUACUGACAAACAGAGAAAGUGUAUCAACAGGACUAUCAACAGCAGGGACAUCAUCUAACAUUAAUAAUAAACGCCAAGCAGAAGAAUGUAUUGCUACAGAGAAUCUUGACCCCUCUCAGAAUAACAGUUCAUCUUUUAGUAAUACCCCUGUAGGCGAUGUAAAUAGUGGUGUGUUUUUAGUUCCACCAACACCAAUGAGCUCAAUUAGUGAGAAUAGAGUAAGAACAAGAGUGGGAAGAAAUUUGCUUGGUGCUCAUCAGUCAUCAAGUCCACUUACUGCAAGUUUUGGAGUAUUACCGUCAGACACUCCCAUAGAGAUGAAUUUUAUGCCAUACAUGACACCAUCACCGACUGUAAACUCGUCAAGUGAUAUACAUACAGGACACACCCCAAAGGCUCCUGUUAAAAAGGGUGUUAGAAGAAGUGAUGCCACAUCAACGAAAACAUCAGCUUCAAUUACAACGCAAACAUCAACUUCUUCAUCUCUUAUCCUCACAAGAGCCUCUCCACAGACUACAUCAACUCAGUCAAUCUUGUCACCAGGAAAGAAAACAGUACGGCGUAGCACAAGAUUGUUUUCAAUGAAUUCAAGCUCAUCUGAAGAAAUUGGCUCUGACAUCAAAAAAUUAAGAAGUACAAGUAGAACAAGUACGGUUAGAAAGACAAGACGGCAGACAAGAAGCAGUAACCAGCAGCCAUUGGGUCCUUGUGUAUCUAAUGUGAUUCAGGGUGAGACAUCUGUUCAACAAGAUAAACCAUUAAUCAAGGGAUCACCAUCCAGUAAUGGUCUUGAAGGACUUAUGACAUUGCUUCGUCAAAUUGGAACUGCCUAUCAAAAGCUGAGUUGUUAUGAGUGCAAACAAGCAAUAGAAUUAUUUUUAGCUUUACCUCCUCAUCAGUACAACACUGGAUGGGUGUUAACACAAGUUGGCCGUGCUUACUUUGAAAUAGCUGAGUAUCAAAUGGCUGAAAAGUUGUUUUCUGAAGUUCAAAGGUUGGAUCCAAGGAGAUUAGAAGGAAUGGAAAUUUACUCCACAACACUGUGGCAUCUUCAAAAGGAGGUUGCCUUGUCAGCACUUGCUCAGGAGUUGACAGAAAUGGACCGCACUUCACCUSAAGCAUGGUGUGCCACAGGGAACUGUUUUAGUCUUCACAAGGAACAUGAUACAGCUAUAAAGUUCUUUCAACGUGCUGUACAAGUUGAUCCAAACUUUACUUAUGCUUACACACUACUUGGUCAUGAAUAUGUCUUGACAGAAGAAUUAGAUCGUGCUAUGUCAUGUUACCGCAUGGCUAUCAAGGCUGAUCCUAGGCACUAUAAUGCAUGGUAUGGCAUAGGAAUGAUUUAUUAUAAACAAGAAAAGUUUAAUCUGGCUGAAGUUCACUUCAGGAAAGCAUUGUCUAUAAAUCCAUCCAGUUCUGUGUUAUACUGUCAUAUUGGCGUGGUUCUUCAUGCUAUGAAAAAAUCUGAAGCUGCUUUAGCCACCAUUAAUAAAGCAAUGUCAAUUGAUCCCAAAAACCCUUUGUGUAAAUUCCAUAGAGCAUCGAUAUUGUUUUCUAUUGAAAAAUACCAGAAAGCUUUACAAGAACUUGAAGAACUCAAAAAGAUAGUGCCAAGGGAGGCACUAGUGUAUUUCCUUAUGGGAAAGGUUCACAAGAAGCUGGGUCAAACUCACUUGGCUCAAAUGAACUUUUCAUGGGCAAUCGACUUGGAUCCUAAAGGUGCUAACAAUCAAAUUAAAGACGCCAUUGAUAAGCGUUAUCUACCAGAUGAUGAGGACAGUACAUUAGGGUGUAAUGAAACAUCCAUGGAUCAAUCGGGAGACGACGAAGACGCUAUGGGUCUUGACAAUGAAAGUAGUUCUAGCAUGGUCUUGUUUUAAUAUUAUUACCAAUCCAAAUUAGACAAUAAUAAUUGAUCAAAUUAUUUCUGUACAGUACGUUUCAUAUUCAAAUACAAGUUAUUAAUUUUGGAAAGAGUUAGGGUUUAUCAUUAAUCAGUGUUUUAUUUUUCUAUCUCAAGAUAUCAUUGUAUUAUUAAUUAUAUUACAAGAAGGACUGUUUUAAGAACGUCUACUGAAUCCAAUAAAAUUGCAUUACUACCAACUGGAGGUUCUUACUAUAAAUACUUUAUUAAUGUAUUGCUUGUUUAUUUGUAGAGUAGCGUUUCAAAUUAACCGAUGAAUUAGAUAUUGAAUGGAAGUGAUGAGUUUCUUUUAAUUUAGAGGGAAAUGACAAGAAGGAAGGUAGUAGCUUGAGUAUACGAAGGGGUUCGGGCCAAAUCAGGGCUAUAGGAAGUUACCAAAUAUGUCUACCUUUUGUUGUUUUGAAGAUGUUCACAAUCAUGCAUAUCUGUUUGUGCCACUUCGUUGGCGUUAUUUUUACACUGUAAGCUUGUAUAGGAGGCAAAAACGAGUGAACAGUUUUCACCCAUUUAGAUCUGGAUACAUAUACCUAGACAAUG